UGUGCUGAUUGGUCAGUUGUGUAUGUACGUGUCAGUGGAGUUGUAAACUUGAGCUACAUCUCAUCGAUUUGAUUUACAAGUAUGGAGUAGCCUUAGGUAUUAUUUUAUCAAAAUAACGACAACCACGGUUGCAAUGGAGAGCAUCCAGAAUGUCCCAAUUGACAUCCAAACCAGUAAACUCUUAGACUGGCUGGUGGACCGGAGGCACUGCACGCUGAAAUGGCAAAGUGCAGUGAUGACAAUUAGAGAGAAAAUCAAUGCUGCCAUUCAGGAUAUGCCAGAGAAUGAGGAGAUCAAACAACUGCUCUCUGGCUCAUAUAUUCACUAUUUCCAUUGCUUACGAAUAAUUGAAAUAUUAAAAGGAACAGAAGCGUCCACCAAAAAUAUUUUUGGCAGAUAUUCAUCACAAAGGAUGAAGGAUUGGCAAGAAAUAGUGUCCCUGUAUGAAAAUGACAAUGUCUAUUUAGCUGAAGUGGCCAGUAUUUUGAUUCGUAGUGUAAGUUAUGAAGGUCCUGCUUUGAGGAAGCAGGUGUCUAAAGCUCAGCAGCUGCAGCAGGAGUUGAGCCGAAGAGAACUGGAUUGUCAGAGCGGUGCCACCGACAUGAGGGAACGCUAUUAUGCUGCCUGUAAACAGUAUGGGAUACAGGGGGAAAAUGUGGCAAGGGAGUUACAAGCACUCGUUAAGGAUCUGCCUGUAGUUUUAGAAGAAACUGGUAAAAAAGCAGCCUGUCUGGAUGAAGCUAUAAAAUUUUACGCAGCCUUCAUAAACUUUGUUAGUGACUGGUCUGAAGAAGUCCUGCCCACUCUAAGAUUUGUCCAGAAGAAAGGAAACACAACUGUAUAUGAGUGGAAGACAGGAAAUGUGCCCACGGUUGUAGAGAGACCUGUAAUGGAGGAAGCCCCACCUGAUGUUGUCUCAGAGGAGACUAUUGACUGGGGUGACCUCGGCGGUGGUGCUGGUACUGAAAAGGUGGAUAUUGGGAUCUCUGUUGAGGGUGGUGUGGACUGGGGUAUUAGUCUCGAGUCUGGCACAGAGGAAACCAGUGCUGGUGGUAUUGACUGGGGAGACUCUGAAUCUACACCUGUGGAAAUUGAAAUUGUGGAUGUUGGCACAGACUGUCCUGAUGGUGUUGCCAGAGGUGAAGAUGCGCUUUCUCUUCUAGAAAACUCACAGACACGUGGCCAGUUCAUCAAUGAGCUGAAGGAGUUGGAAAUGUUCCUGUGUCAGCGGCUCAGUGAGAUGCGUGAAGAAGGUGACUUGGUGACCAUGAGUCAGUUCCAGCUCGCUCCCUCAGUGAUCCAGGCCCAGACUCCCGAGCGUGUGGAGGCCAUGCUGGCAGACGUACGUGACCUGCUAAACGGGCUCACUUCAGUACGAAUGCAGCACCUCUUCAUGAUCCAGGCGUCACCACGCUACGUGGAGCGUGUUUCAGAGUUACUGCGUCAGAAACUCAAGCAGGCUGAUAUCUUGGUGUUAAAGCGUGGCACGCUGGCUGAAAAACGACAAGAGGCUCUGGAAGAACAGGCCAAGCUAGAGCCCCGCAUUGAUCUGCUGGCUGCUCGCACCAAGGAACUCCAGAAACUGAUUGAAGCUGACAUCUCCAAAAGAUACAACAACCGGCCCGUCAACCUCAUGGGAGUUCAUGUGUGACCAAGAAGAGUAUUUACAUGCUGCACAGAUGUAUCAUUUCAUAAAUAUAUUUUUCCCAUUUAAAUUGGGAAGGUAAUUGUUUUGUGGUGAUUCCUUUUGGAGGAAUAAAAUUGUUGCAAUCACAGUGCUUUGAAUAUUCAAAGAAGGCUGUAAAUAACUUGCGCUUACACAGCUGGCCUCAUUAGUCUGAAGUGCUGAAUUCAGUAAAUGAACCGUUUUAAGAGGCCAACAUUUAAAUAUACAAUUGCUAACCUUAAUUUCUGUGAAGAAAAACAUGUGGCACUUUCCAUGGAUAGGCUAUCAAAACUCUAAAAGAACGGUCAGAAAAAUUUACAUUUUUGCAAACAACGUACAAUAAAGUAAUAAACUUUUUUUUUUUUUUAAUUAAUGAAAUAUUUAAUUGCUGAAUUAUCAAUGUUUUAAAAACUACAUACUAGCAGAGUUGAUUUUACCUGAAUCGGCAGGGGUGACUUUUUAAGAGUUUGAAACAAAAUGUUUUGUAGAUACCAAUUAACAUAUGCAUACAUAUUUUCACAUCUGCAUACAGUAUGUGUACAUAUAUAUACAGUCAUGGCCAAAAAUAUCAGCAUCCUUGGUAAAUAUGAUCAAAGAAGGCUGUGAAAAUUAAUCUGCAUUGUUAAUCCUUUUGAUCUUUUAUUAAAAAAAUUCACAAAAAUCUAACCUUUCAUUGGAUAAUAAGAAUUUAAAAUGGGGGAAAAUAUCAUUAUGAAAUAAAUGUUUUUCUCUAAUACACAUUGGACACAAUUAACGGUACCCUUUUAUUCAAUACUUUUUGAAACCUCCAUUUGCCAGUUUAACAGCUCUAAAUUUUCUCCUAUAAUGCCUGAUGAGGUUAGAGAGACUGGAAUGGCCAGCAGAAGCUUGGUUUUGUGCUCAGUGACCCAUUUUUGUGUUGUUUUUGAGGUUUGUGUUUGGAUUAUUGUACGGUUGGAAGAUCCAAACAUGGCCCAUUAUAAGAUUUCUAACAGAGUCAGUCACUUUUUGAUUUUUUUAUCUGUUGGUAUUUGAUAGAAUCCAUGUUGCCAUGUGUGUAAACAAGAUAUCUAGGACCUCCAGCAGAAAUAUAGGCCCACAACAUCAAAAAUACAGCAGUAUAUUUCAUUGUACACAUGGGGUACUUUUUAUCCCUGUGUUCACCAAACCCAUCUUGAGUGUUUGCUGCUAAAAAACUCUUUUUUUUUUGUUUUAUCUGACCAUAGAAGCCAAUCCCAUUUGAAGUUCCAGUCGUGUCUGAUAACUGAAUAUGCUGGAGUUUGUUUUUGGAUAAGCUAAGAGAAUUUUUCUUGAAACCCUCGCAAACAAUGUGGUGAUGUAGGUGCUGUUUGACAAUUUUUUUUAAGGUUGUCUGACCCCGAGACUCAACUAUUUUCUGCAAUUCUCCAGCUGUGGUCCUUGGUGAGUCUUUAGCCACUCAUACUCUCCUUCUCACCGUGCAUUAGGACGAUAUAGACACACGUCCUCUUCCAGGCAGUUUCGUAACAUUUUAUGUUGAUUGGAAAUUCUUAAUUGUUGCCCUGAUGGUGGAAAUGGGAAUUUUCACUGCUCUAGCUCUUUUCUUAAAGCCACUUCACUAAUUUGUGAAGCUCAAUUAUCUUUUGCUGCACAUCAGAAAUAUAUUCUUUGGUUCUUCUCAUUGUGAUGGAUGAUAAAGGGAAUUUGGCCUUUGUUUUCCCUCCUAUAUAUAUUUCUGUGAAACAGGAAGCCAUGGCUGGAUAAUUUCAUGUUUAUAAUCACCCUGGAGUGCUUAAAAUUGUGAAUAUGAAUGGGAAUGUACUUCAGAGAUAUUUUACUCGUAAGAAUUUCUAGGGGUGCCAGUAAUUGUGUCCAACAUGUAUUUGAGAAAAAUAUUUAUUUCAUAAUGAUAUUUCCCCCCAUUUUAAAAUCUUAUUAU